ACAAGUCACACCCUUCCCCUCUCCUUCCUUCUUCCCCAUAAACCCUUUCGACUCAAGUCAUAUCUCUGCUUCCUCAGUCCUCAUCACUCUCAGCUUCUGGCAAUCGAAAUGAAUUCACCAUCUUCAUGGCCGCCUUUGCUUCCGUGCCUCCAUUCUGUUUCUUCAUUCUCCUGGAACUGUGGAACAGCACUUCGCUGUGUGUGUGUGUGGAAGAAGCUCAGUGCUCUGGCAUGGGGAAUUCGAGGUCGGUUUGAUUAGGAAUUGCGGUUGAUAGAAGCGAGGAGUUGGAGAAAUGGAAUUAAAGAGGAAAUCACCGGAGCAGCUUGAAGCUCUCCGGAAGUUAUUUUCCGAGGAGAAGUAUCCUACCAAUGAUGCUAUUGCAGAGCUUGCCGAAUCCCUUGACCUUACAGUUUCCCAGGUCCGGGGAUGGUUUAUGGAGAAAAGGAGGCGGGAGAAAAGUAAGAAACGGCUGGCUGUAACCCCUAUUCAGAGCAAGAAGCUCCCUUCCGCCAAAGGAAGAAAGAUACUCAUAGAGGUGGGAUCAUUGAGUCAUGACAUGACUAAAUCUGGCAGUAGUUUGUCUUCGGAAGUGGAAGAUGGGAUUAUUGAGAGGUCCUCAAAAUUGACUCGCAUACAACAGUUGCACUCUUCGGAAUAUAUUAUGAGCAAGGUUUUCCGUAAAGAUGGGCCUGCCUUGGGUGUGGAAUUCGACUCUGUUCCUUCCCGUGGAUUCCAUGCUAUUAAAGAAUCCAUAAACUAUCUUUCUGCUUCCGAAGAAAAUGAAGCAACGAUCAGGAAGGGAAAGCAUGUUGAUGUUGAGGAUUGUACAUUGAGUGAACUUGUGAAGAAACAUGGUAUGGGCAAAGGCUUGAUGAGAAAGAAUGCCAAGGAUUGUAGAAUAGGAGUGUCCACUAUGAAACAUGGUAUGGGCAAAGGCUUGAUGAGAAAGGAAUGUACUGUGAGUUCAUCGAUAAAGAAACAUGGUAUGGGCAAAGGCUUAAUGACAGCAUGGCAGGCCAUAAAUCAAGAUAGCAUAGAUGUUCCAACUGAUAGACAAAUAUCUAAUACACCUGAACCAACAACUGCUGAAUCAUGCAAACUUCGACGUCAGAAGAGGAAACGACAACCCAUAUCUUUAAAGGUUGGAGAAAGCUUGAAGGAGAAGCGGAAGGCUUCUUUCGAAAGAAAAGAGGUAGGAUCUAAAGGAGAAGAGACCGAGAAGCAACUCUUUAGGGAGACAUGUCAACUUGCUCUGGAUGGAAGGAUAUCGCAAGAACUGCUUAAUCAAUUUGCAUUGUUAAUGGAUGAUGAAGAGGUGGAGAUGCGAGAGUUACAAGCAGAACCAAAUCCACUAACAUGUUCUGAACAUUGUGCUGCCAAUGGAUUGCAUAGUUGUUCUCUUUGCAAAGAUUUGCUGCCUAAGUUUCCUCCGGUUUCUGUACACACGAAGCCGCCAUUCACAGUGCAGCCUUUGGAGUGUUCUUCGGAGUCUGUCAAGAAAUUUUUCAAGGUUUUGCAUUUCCUUUAUACAUAUUCUGUUACAAUUGACAUAUGCUCCUUCACGUUGGAUGCGUUUGCUCAAACAUUUCAUGACAAGGAUUCCUUGUUGCUUGGCCUAAUUCACGUAGCUCUUCUGAAGCUUCUUUUAUCGGACGUUGAGCGAGAGAUCAGCAAUGGUUUUCUGCAUCAUUUGAGCAUAUCUUGCAAGUUUCUGGCAUUACUUCAUUCAGUUGAAAAUCAGGAGUUCGUUGUAGAUCUUUGGAAAAAAUCUCUAAAUCCUCUAACUUGGACAGAAAUAUUAAGGCAAGUACUUUUAGCAGCUGGAUUUGGUUCAAAGCAAGGUGCAUUACAGAGGCAAAACCUUAGCAUGGAGAUGAGAGUUAUGUUGAAGUAUGGCCUUACUCCUGGAACUUUGAAGGGUGAACUGUUCAGACUCCUAUUUGAGGAAGGGAAAAACGGAGUAAAAGUUUCCGAGUUGGCUAAGUCUGCACAGGUUGCCGAACUAAAUCUUGCCAGCACAAACGAAGAGCUGGAACUGUUGAUAAGCUCAGCUCUCUCAAGUGACAUUACUUUAUUUGAAAAGAUAUCACUUGCUGCUUACCGUCUACGUGUUGGUACUCUCUUGAAGGAAGACGAGAGCUGUCAUUCCGACAGUGAAGACUCGGGAAGCAUUCAUGAUGACUUUGAUGAUGCUGCUGGCACGUGUAGCAGCAGUGACUCUGAGUGUGGCACAGAAAAUUCGAACCUGAGAAAGCUUCGGCAUCUUAAGUGUCGCAAAAGUAAAAGUAACAAGCUGACAGUACACAAUGAAAUUGAUGAGAGCCAUCCUGGGGAAGCGUGGGUUUUAGGACUAAUGGAUGGUGAGUAUUCUGAUUUGAGCAUUGACGAAAAGCUGGAUGUCUUGAUAGCUUUAAUUGAUCUAGUCAGUGCGGGAUCCAGCAUUAGAUUGGAGGAUCCCGUGAGACCUGCUCCUAACUUGCGACAUUAUGGCUCUGGAGCCAAAAUAAAGAGAUCAUCAUUACACAGGCCAUCCUGGGUUCACGGAAAACAAAUUUUUGACUCAUGCUCAUCGUCCAAGUCUCGGCCUGUUGAUUCAUCUAUGUCGAUAUCUAACUUUAGCAUAGAGGAUAUAUCGUCUCGUGUGGGGAAAGAUGGAAAGGAGACUGAAUCUGCAGCUGAUCUACACCCUAUGCAGUCUGUAUUCUUGGGAGCCGAUCGUCGGUACAAUCGAUACUGGCUUUUCUUGGGCCCUUGUGAUUUUCAUGAUCCUGGUCACAAGAGGGUCUAUUUCGAAUCUUCCGAAGAUGGCCAUUGGAAAGUGAUUGAUACUGCAGAGGCUUUACGUUCCUUAUUAUCAGUCUUAGACGGUAGGGGAAGGAGGGAAGCUCAACUUAUCGAAUCCUUGGAGAGACGGGAAACUUUUCUAUGCAACGAAAUGUUGAAUGUGAGUAAUGAUGCUGCCAGCUGUCACUCAUUACAAUCAUGGCAGUCCGAGUUAACUGUCAGGGAAGACAGUUCUUCACCAAUUUCUGGUCUAGAGGAGACAACCAACGACUCAUUGUCGCCAUGCAGCGCAAUAGUGCUCGAUGCAGAGAGAAAUCUGGAAGAAGAAAGCACGAGACGGAAUCAUCUACAGUUAUUUGAUUCAUGGAUAUGGGAUAAUUUUUACCGUGGUCUCAAUGCAGUGAAACAUAGUAAAAGGUCAUUUUAUGAACAUCUGGGUAGAUGUCAGACGUGUCAUGAUUUGUACUGGAGGGAUGAAAAGCAUUGUAGGAUUUGCCACAUGACGUUUGAGGUUGAUUUCGAUCUUGAAGAGAAGUAUGCGGUCCAUACAGCCACGUGUAGACUGAAAGAAGAGCAAGAAAAUGUCUCUAGAUUCAAAGUCUUGCCGUCAGUACUUCAGACGUUGAAAGCUUCUGUUCAUGCGAUUGAGUCAGCGACGCCUGAAGGGGCCUUGGUGGGUGCUUGGACGAAGUCUGCUCAUAGGCUGUGGGUUAAACGGCUAAGACGUACCGCUUCAUUAACUGAGCUUUUGCAGGUCGUUACUGAUUUCGUUGCUGCAAUUAAUGAGCAUUGGCUGUGUCAAACCAGUGAUGCUCCCGGUUUCAAUCCUUUCGCAGAAGAAAUUGUGGCAUGUUUCUCAAGUAUGCCUCAGACUUCAUCUGCACUCGCCUUAUGGUUGGUGAAAUUGGACCACUUGAUUUGGCAGCAUUCAGAAAAUACCUAACGUCUAGAGAAGGACGAAACAACAAUAGUGAUCAGGUAGCCAAGCGCUCCCAAUUACAGGCUCGAAUUUUGUGGCCGAAAAAUAUCAGUUCAAUGUCAGAAACCAUCUGUUUUUGGCAAUCUCAUACCGUUGUGCUAAUCUCAGCUUUCCUGAUACGUGUUUUUUGGCCAUAUCGGAAGCUUUACCCCCUGAAAGGCGGCAAACUCAACUCAAAUUUGUACAGAGCAGUGGCGUGAUUCCUUUGGGAAGAACUGCGUCUCUAUUAGAAACUGUUUGUUUGCUGUACUUAGGAAAGUUUGAUUCACUACCACUGCUUAGGAAGAUGUUAUACCAGAACCAUUUGCUGAGUUAGAUGUAUACGUGGUUAGAAUAUAUUUUUUUUGUAUAAAUAGGGAGGGUUAGGUUCGCUACAUUUCGAGAGAUUAUUACAGCCAAUCUGAGGAAGCAACCGAAAUUUUGCUGCUGUAAAUUUGAAAGCAGACUUCUUCGAGUUGUCAUCACUCUGGAAAUAAGGAUACGUCUAUGAUACGCUCUGAAUUUAGGAUGUACACCAUGAUGUUUGUCAACUUGAUAAUGUCAUUCAUAAACUUCAGAGUUUAGAUGAUAUGUAACAUUUGUAAACUCUUAACGAAACGUUCUUAAUGAAAAUUUUGCUUUCCGUGUUGCUCCUGAACCAGAAGCAGGUUUCAGAACAUAUGGGGACGAAGAUGAAAUUCCCAUUGGUUUGAGAUAUGUGGAAUGUGUUUGAUUCUUCUCUAUUCCCGUGCAAUAACCCUACCAAGAGUUUUAGAGCUCCAAAUCAUACUAAAGAUAUUUCAACACCGAAAACAUAUGGAGAAGCUCAGUCUUUAUGCUGCUUGACCACCUCAUGAACAGCUGAAAAAUCAAGAUCGCCCAAUCCCAUGCUUCUAGCCUUCUUGAAAGCCUCAUUUGCUGCAGCAGCUAUAGGCAUUGAAACAGCAUUUUCAUCUCCAAGUGCAAGAGCCAACCUCAUGUCCUUCUGCUGAUGUUUCAGUGGGAAUGCAGGGGAGAAGUUGCUCUUGAUCAUGUUUGGUCCUUUACCUUUGAACAUUGGGGUGGCAAUGGCACCAAGAUCCUAAAAAUCAUACCAAAAUCCAUAGAAGCAAGAAUUUCUCAUUCUGAAUCAAGAAUGGUGUUGAAAUAUUGAAUUAACCUUGUCCCCAGCAGCAAGAAUCACAAGCAGUGCAGCUUCUGCGGGUUGCUUGCUUCCUGACACAGGAGCCUCCACAAAAGAGCCGCCUUUAGAUGUAAUUGCCUGGAACCACAAUAACCACACAUUUAUCAGCAUUCGGAAUUGUAUCCAAAUCAUUAAAAUUUAAGCAAGAGAAGCAACAAAAAAUCGUUGUUUACAAAACCUCACUGAUCUUGGAAGAAGUCUCAGGAUCAACAGUUGACAUGUCCACAUAACCUUUCCCACUGCUUAUCUCCUCUAGCACACCAUCUUUAUCAAACACCACCUACACAACACCAAUCAGAAAAUCCAGGAUCAGAAACCAUAGCUAUGGUGAUCUUACACUUCUUUACCACAGCAGCUGGUGUUUCUCCAACUGAAGCACCCAUUUCCACCAAUUCAUCACACCUGGAAAGCGUCCUGUUCCAAACAGUGACCUUGAAUCCCUUCUUUAUCAAGUUCAUAGACAUAGCCUUCCCCAUUAUCCCCAAACCCAAGAACCCAAUCUCCAUUUCUCUGAUUUCUGUUCACCCUGUUCCUCUCUUCCUUUUCCUCCCCAGUCGUCUUCACUCUCAAACCUCGACAGUUUCCUCUGUUACCACUGUACAAGAGAAAAAAAGGGAUAAUGAAAGCGAAACAAACAAACACCUGUCGAGAAACAAGAGAUUAAAAGCUGCAAGACACCGUUCUCCCUUUUAUGAUUUCUUUCCCUCUGUUGCUGAUUCUCUU